CAGAGCCAUGUCCCUGAACAUGGGACCCGGAGGGAGGGACUCCAUCUCGCACUCCACUGCCAGGCAUGCAGCUUGGUGCAUGAAUUCUAUUACGAACCUCAGCUCAGCAGUUUUUGGAUCAAACAGGUUAAAGUACAUUUUUCAAGACCACUAUACCCAGAAGACAUAUUUCAUCUUCUAGAAAAAUCGGCCACCUCUUUUUUUUCUGAGGACCUCUGCAGAGACUGAAUGAGAAGACAGCUUUGCAGGUUCUACCUGCUCAUCCCAAAGGACCAGUGUUCCCAAAGGGUUGAGCUGAAGAGGAGCAAGCCCUGAACACAGUGACCAGAGAGCUGGGAAGCCAAAAUUAAGGUACCUGCCAAGAUGUUCCACUUACAAGGCCCGCAACUGCUGCAGAUGUUAGAGAAAUCCUUGAGGAAGAGCCUCCCUGAGUCCUUAAAGGUUUAUGGGACCGUCUUCCACAUGAAUCAGGGAAACCCAUUCAAGCUAAAGGCCCUGGUGGACAGGUGGCCUGAUUUUAAUACAGUGGUUAUCCGCCCUCAGGAGCAGGAUAUGGCAGAUGACUUUGAUCACUACACCAACAGCUACCAAAUCUAUUCUAAGGACCUCAAGAACUGUCAAGAAUCCCUUAGCACAUCAGAUGUCAUCAACUGGAAACAACAUUUGCAGAUCCAAAGUUCACAGUCCAGUCUGGAUGAGGUGAUACGGAAUCUUGCAACCACUAAAUUCGUUAAGGUCAAGCAAACCCAAUGCAUUCUCUAUGUGAUGUCUGAGACAGCGAGGAAACUUCUUCCUUCCCUGCCGGAGACAAAGAACUUACCUGCUGGAUCUGGCAGACCCAAAGCCAUUGACCAAGAGAUGUUUAAACUCUCAUCCCUGGAUCCUACCCACGCGGCCGUGGUGAAUAAAUUCUGGCAUUUCGGUGGCAAUGAGAGGAGCCAGCGGUUCAUCGAGCGCUGUAUCCGGACCUUCCCCACCUUCUGCCUGCUGGGGCCUGAGGGGACCCCUGUGUCCUGGUCCCUGAUGGACCAGACAGGAGAGGUGCGGAUGGGGGCCACCCUGCCUGAGUACCGGGGCCAGGGUCUCGUCUCCCAUAUGUUGUUUGUCCACAGCCAUGCUCUGGACAAACUCGGCUUCCCCGUAUAUAACCAUACAGACAGAGCCAACAAAAUCGUACAGAAAAUUAGUCACAGUCUGCAACAUGUCCCCAUGCCCUGUGAUUGGAACCAGUGGAACUGUGCGCCUCUGUGAAGCAGCCACGAACCCAAGGCAGUGCUGGGUGGGCUGGUCACAUGGCAAGAGAUGCUGGGGCGGGUGGGGGGGGACAGAAAGAAAGAAUAAAGUGUGAUCAGCAGUAAAGCAGUGUGUGUUGUUUGGGCUCUGAGGAAGCAGCGUGAGUGGUCAACAGAACCACCAGAGUCCCUACUCCCAAAUCACUCAUGAAUUUCCCUUUGGGUCCAGCAGACCUUCCUACUUCCUCCACAUUCCAACCCUGGCAA